AAGAAGAAACAAUUAAAUAAAGAAAAGGCCAAUACAACCGUUGGCAACAGCUGUGUGGCAACCUGGAAGCAUGUGCAUUUGGUUGGAGCAACGGUCUUCCAGGGCAGCCUGUCCCAUGCCCAAACACACCCACCCCCACCAAUCUCUCUCUCUCUCUCUCUUCUCUCUCUCUCCUCCAACACCUAUAUAAGCCCCACCAUUGCCCUAAACAACGACCCAUCUGAAAUUUUUGCAACAUUUUCUUUUCCCCCUGCUCACUUUCCCGGAAAUCUUUCUCCAGCUAACAAAAAUUCUCAACAAUGGAGGCCAUUAGGAUGAGGCUUUUCUUCGCAUUGGCGGUCGCAGUAAUGGCCGUCUCAGCUGUGCAAAAUGUUGCCGCUGCUGAUGCCCCGGCUCCUAGCCCCGCGUCUGAUGCUACCAACUUUGUGCCCGCCAUGCUUGCUUCACUUGGUGCUGUUGCGAUGGGGCUUUUCUUCUAAACAAAUGUUCAUUCGCUUUGAUGUGUUCAUGUAAAUGUUUUUCUUCUUUUUCUUCUUCUCCAAUUCUCAUAUGGGAUUAAAUUAUUUAUUUGGGGUUGAGAAGGAGAGGAGACUUAUUUUUGGAACUCUUUUGCUUGCGUUUUGAUGAUUUUUGUAUUUUUUUUUUGACGCCUCAUUUUGGGGUUUG